AUGGAGGGAAACGGCAAGGGCAAAGACGCUACGGAUAGCGCCCCGAUUAGACCCGUUUCUUCUCUUCUUUCCCACUUCGAGAAUCUCGCAUCACAUCGUCGCUCCCCGUCGGCCGCCCCAAACGGUUCGACCGAGUCCUAUCUCAAAACACCUGAGCCUGGCGACGACGUCCGCUCAUCAUCUCGAGCUUCCCUCGACCUUCCCCGGUCGAUAUCACCUUGGGCUUCGGGAGGCAAUAUAACAAAUGGUCAGAGGAGUGACUCGGCGCAUCCGGUUCCACGACGCAAUGACGGAUCUCCCGGUAUCUCGCCUGGGAGGCGACAGAGCAGGCCUAUGUCAAUGGUCUUCCAUUCCUCACCACAGCUAGCACCAACUUUGACGGUAGACUCUCCUCGAUCUCCGCCGCGUGGGCUUGGUACACCUGGAGACCGUGGCGAUGAUUUCCGCUCCUCCCGCAGUCCCGCGAACGCGUCACGGGAAUCCCUACAUCUUUCGUCUGGGAAGGCGUCGUCCAGCCGGCCGACCACGCCCGUCGAUGCACCACGCGUCCCACCGGAGCGCAAAUCCGGACUCUCUCCAGGAUUGUCUUCGUCAGUCGGAUCAAAUGGCGCAAGUCCUCUGCCUCCUGUCAAUCGACCAUCGAAACCUAAGAUCCCCGCGAAGCCUGCCACCUUAUCCUUCCAGGACUCGAACGCAUCACUUACUCCGCGCGCACCACAAGCACCUCCACCAGAGCAUGUCUCGCCCUUCAGUACUCCACCGAGCAGCCCUGAGAAGCCGUCUCCUAGUCGUCCUACGGCUACGAGAUCGAUUCAGCCUCCAGUUCAGCCUCCACGCCCGACUUCCCGACAAUCUUCGCCUCUACCGGCUGUCGACAUCCCAACACGACGUUCUAUGGAGAGGUCUCCCGCGCCUCGGCCGCCAUCUGCGCGGAAUCCGAGGGAAUCGUCAGCGUCGCGGCGCUCCCCGGCUCCUGAUCAGCCAUGGCAGUCAAAACCGCUGACGGUACAGAUUCCUAAAGGACCUUCUGUACAGCCUUCAUCGUUGUCCAGUGCACCGCUGCCGGCUCGACUUCAACAAAGGAGCGAUAGCCCUCAAGACCGACCAGGCCUUCCCCCACGACACCCGUCAAUAGCGCGGAGGAGCGGUAGGUCUCCAUCGAGGCAACCUCAGCCUCUCGAAAGCCCUGCACCUUCUCGACCUAUUCAAAGAGCGGACACGAUUCCGACACCGCAGGUUCAACGCCAGCCGUCAUUCUCUCGAGAAACGAAGUUCGCUCCUCCACCACCCGCUCGCCCUGCCCCGACUGAUGAAAGGCCGAUUCCGGACGAAACCCCAUUGCGGACCGACUAUCCAGAUGCCUCAAAUACGAACAGGCGGCCGCCAAUUCUAAAAUCGGGACCCAAGGAGAUCAAUACUCGCUAUGAUACACGGCUGAUGGAUGUGUGUGGGAAACACGUCUGCACAACCGGAUAUAUCACACGUGUCUGGGAUCUUACGACCGGUGAGCAGAUGGUGAGUUUAAGCCAUGGUGAAACCGUCAAAAGUUUGUCGCUAGCAUUCAAGCCGGGAAUUGGUCUCGAGGAUGAGGGUCAAAAAAUCUGGAUAGGCACGAACUCCGGCGAGCUUCAUGAGAUCGAUGUCCAUACGGGGUCGGUUGUGGCUUCGCGGUCUUAUCCGUCACGCCGAGAGGUGAUCAAGAUCCUACGGCAUAAGAAAGAGAUGUGGACCAUCGAUGAUGAAGGCAGGUUGCUAGUGUGGCCGCCAGAUGAAUCAGGUGUUCCAAAUUUACAGUAUAGCUACCACAAUCCUUACGACAGGGUUGCAAAGGGUCAUACUUUUUCCAUGGUCGUAGGGGACACUCUUUGGCUGGCAACAGGGAAAGAAGUAUAUGUUUACCAGCCGGAUGCCCGUGACGAUACUUCGUUCAGGGUUCUCAAAAAGCCUCUGGGAUCGCACCACACGGGAGAAGUUACCUCUGGCGCCUAUAGCAGCCAAGGUGGCGGUCGAGUGUAUCUCGGUCAUGCAGAUGGCAAAGUCACCGUUUACUCCGCGAGUAAUUAUGCCUGUUUGAAUGUGGUGAGCGUCAGUCUAUACAAAAUCAACUGCCUGGGAAUCGUGGGCGACAGCCUCUGGGCUGCAUAUAAAACAGGCAUGAUUUAUGUUUAUGAUACGACUACCAACCCGUGGACGGUUUUAAAAGACUGGCGCGCACACGAUAGCCCUGUUUGCGGGUUCUUACUCGACAGUAGCAGUGUGUGGACGAUGAACCGACUGCAAGUAACUUCUCUGGGAACGGACAAUUGCAUUCGCCUUUGGGAUGGAAUGCUCGAGGACGAUUGGCUAGAAUCCCAAAUGCAGAAAAGAGAUGUGGAGUUCUGCUCCUUCCGUGAAGCCAAGGCAGUCAUUGUGACCUGGAAUGCGGGCGCUUCAACACCAGGAAGUGUACGUACGUCUACGUUCAUCCAGGAUGCAAUCCAUCCAGAGGACCCACCAGAGAUUCUUGUUUUUGGCUUCCAAGAAUUGGUAGACCUUGAAAAUAAGAAAAUCACAGCCAAGAGCUUGCUUAUGGGAAGUAAGAAGAAGGAAAGUGGUGAGAAGGAGCAUAUGAGUCGCCAAUACAGAGUCUGGAUGGAGCACCUGACGCGCUGUAUCAAUGAUUGCAUGCCGCUGGAUGAGUCUUAUGUGCUCCUACACAGUGCGAACCUGAUUGGUCUCUUUACGUGUAUAUUUGUCAAACAUAAAGAGCGCGCCAAGAUCAAGGAUGUCAGUGCUGCUGAGGUAAAACGGGGUAUGGGUGGGUUGCACGGAAACAAGGGUGCUCUUGUUUUCCGCUUCGUUUUUGACGACAGUUCGCUCUGUUUUGUGAAUUGCCAUUUGGCAGCCGGGCAGUCGCAAACCACGAACCGCAAUAAUGAUAUCGCCGCUAUCCUCGAAGCUGAAUCUCUGCCUAUGGAGAACAGUUUGACGUCGCGUAUGAACCACUUUGUGAGUGGUGGCGAUGGGUCGAUGAUCAUGGACCACGAGAUUUGUAUUCUCAACGGUGACCUCAACUACCGCAUUGAUUCGGUCCCGCGGCAUGUGAUCAUCGAGGACAUCCGAAACAAUAACCUUCCCAAACUCCUGGAGCGGGAUCAGCUCCUUGCUUCAAAACGUAAGAACCCAGGGUUCCGGCUGAGGGCAUUCCAAGAGGCCCCUAUUACAUUUGCCCCGACAUACAAAUACGACGUUGGAACAGAUGAUUACGACUCCAGUGACAAGAAGCGAUCUCCUGCUUGGUGUGACCGGGUUCUAUACAGGGGAAUCGGCCGAGUUAAACAGCUCGAGUAUCGACGUCACGAGGUUCGAGCGUCUGAUCACCGACCAGUGAGCGCGAGCUUCAAGUUCCGCAUCAAGACGGUGCACCCUGAUAAACGCGAAGUCUUGUGGGAGACCUGCCAGAAAGAUUUCCAAGAUGAGAAACGGAGACUUGCAUCUGAGGCCAGCAUUGAGUAUCUUAUAAGCAUCCUCGGAACCGACCCUAAACAGGCGCGGGCUCUCAUCCUAGGCAACCAAGGCUGA